AUGCUGUCCAACCAAUUCUUGCAAUUGGCCCUUCUCGCUGCAGCAGGGCUACAAAAGCUUGUUCUCGCUGGUGCUGAGAUCGAGCAGUUGAUGGAGGAGUGUGAUGAAUCAAUCACAGCCUGCGCAGCGACAGCAAAGAACAAAGUCAUCAGCACAUACACAUCCACAAUAUACUCCACAAACACUCAUUUCCAUGAGGAAGUAACGACGAUUUCCACAUCCACUCGGACUUAUACCGAGGUCGAAGUUUCAACAGAGACGACAACUACCGAAGGUCAAUGUCGUGAAACGGAUUUUGUGCAAGCCCCGAUCCCUCAAAUCGUUAUAGUUGACGUCAACAUCACCACCACCCGAGAAUACGUUCAUAUCGUCCCCACGACCACCAAAGUAGUCUCAACCGUCAAAUACAAGCAGACUGCCCAGUGCAUCAUCAAGAAGAAGAGCACUGGCCUCGCGCCCUUUCCCCCCUCUGCACCUGCCGCGAAUCCCCCUGGAUACGGCUCCAACCCUUCUCAGCCCCAUUCAAACGAGCCGACGUCCCGAAAAGUUCCGCCUGCUUCAAGCCCCUCUGGAUUUGCCUCAGACUCUUCUCAGCCGGCUCGAAGCGAGCCACCUUCUCACCCAUCCUCGGGUCUAGGUGGUGGAAGGCCGAGGUACGUUCCUGUUGACAAGAACUUCAUUCCAAUUCUCAAAGAGCCUCGUCGACGUCGGGCUAACAGUGAACCCUCUAGCUCCACACCGACGUCCUCAUCCAGCGUGUCGACGGUCGCCUUCGGAAGCGCUUCAGGUGCUUCCUCAUCCACUUUGUCAACGGGCCCCCAAAGCUCUUCUUAA